CCAACCGGAAGUCCCAUGACAUCACAGCUAACUUGACGGAACUGUUAGCGCAAAAGUUCCGAGAAGGAAAAAAACGUCUCGAAGCGUCUUUUUCUGUCAUUUUCUGUCCCGGAGCCGCUGACGGUGGACCUCAGAAGCCCCGAAAUGUCUCCGGAUUUCGGAGCUGAAUCUCGACUGGAGCUGGAUGAGAACUGAAGCUGCGCCUCUUUUAGCCCGUUUUCAGAGAGGUUUUUUUACUGCGUUUUUUUUUUUUUUUUUUUAAGAGUUUUAUGCCGGUGAAAGUAUGGCGUUUUUCGUGAAGAAGAAGAAGUUUAAGUUCCAGACUCAGCUGACCCUGGAGGAGCUCACCGCGGUGCCUUUUGUCAACGGGGUUCUCUUCUGCAAGCUGCGGCUGCUGGAGGGGGAUUUUGUCGCUACUUCUUCCAGAGAGGAGGUCCAGGAGAACUGUGUUCGCUGGAGGAAGAGGUUCACCUUCGUGUCUAAAAUGAGCGCCAACCCUCACACCGGAGUCCUGGAUCCGUCAGUCUGCAGGGUUUCAGUCAGGAAGGAACUCAAAGGAGGAAAAGCCUAUACGAAGCUGGGUUUCACAGACCUCAACAUGGCCGAGUUCGCUGGUUCUGGUUCUACGGUGAGGUGCUGCCUGCUGGAGGGAUACGACACCAAGAACACACGGCAGGACAACUCCAUACUGAAGGUGAUCAUCGGGAUGACCCUCCUGUCUGGAGAUCCGUGUUUUAAGACGCCUCCGAGCACAGCCAAGUCCAUCUCCAUCCCUGGACGGGAACACACCCUGCAGCUGGACUGUAAGGGGGAAGGAACCGCCGAGCCUGGCCCGGCUGGAGGGGUUUCUCUGGGCCGAGCCUCCAAACCUCGACCCUCCAUCAUCAGCUCAGGUCUCCUGGAGGAGUCGGAAACGAAUCAGAACCAGUCUGGUUCAGCAGAAGUCUUCCAGUCUGGUCACUCUCGUAACUCCAGCUACGCCAGCCAGCACAGCAAAAUCUCAGGCUACAGCACUGAGCACUCCUGCUCCUCCAGCCUGUCUGACCUCACACAUCGCAGGAAUACCUCAACGGGCAGCAGCACCUCUGGUGGCCUUUGUUUUACCACCGACUCACCUCCAGAGGGCGACAAGGACGCUGGACGUCCCGAGAGACCCCCUCGACCCCCAAGGCCUGUCUUACCCCCCAACAGGCCUCCCAGGAGGAAGCAGGACUCGGUGGAGAAUCACCCCUCCUGGGUAAAUGACACUCGCAUCGAUGCCGACGACAUCGUGGAGAAAAUUGUCCAAAGCCAAAACUUUGCGGAUAUCAACAACACUGAAGACAGCAACCUGCGACUGUUUGUCAGUAGAGACGGAACCACGGCACUCAGCGGCAUCAGGCUCGGAAACAGGGUUUCUGCAGGCGGCUACGAGCCCGUGGUGAUAGAAAGCCAUUAAACGUCGACCUGCGGAUCGACUCGUCUUCCGGUUUCCUGGAGCUUCGGCCGGUCUGAAGCCGUGAGAGGAAAACCUCGUCAGUUUGCACUUUAUGUCCAGUUUUGUGGCAGUACUAGUCCACUCUCCGUUCAGCUGUUGGUGUGAUGUUGAGGGCAAAACGUUGUCGUCGAGUCGUUUUUAGAUUUCAAGAGAUCCCCAGAGGUUUGUUAGAACUUCAUUUAAGUGCCGUUUCUGUUCACAAAGUUUACCAUAGGCUUGAUUUAUGUCCUUUUAAAUCUGAAAAAUAUUUCCAUAACUCCUGCAGUACUUGGCGAUAUCAGUGCCUUUUUGUCACGUUUGACAUCAGAUCAUACAGCACCAUAUAUUUGGCAGCAAGUUCAAUUUAUUUAGAUCAGUUUCUCAACAAGUUAAAAAAAAAGCAUCACAUCAGAUAUCCAAGAUGCAAUCAAGAAGUCUAUAAAAAGCAAAAAGUGCAUCUAAUUUCAAUUUAGCCACCAUCUCUGUGGACCUUGUGCAGUUCUGCUCUGCUCCCAGUGCUCCUGCAACACCUCGUGACCACUUGUAAAAGGGCUGGACAUUGUGAAUUCACCAUGGAUCUUAAACAUAUUCUGUCAACCGUUCCUUCUCUGCACAAGUUGAAAAAUGAACAUUAUAUCGUAGACAUAUAAAGUGUAGUCAAGAAGUCUGCGCUUAAAAAAAGCAAAAAUAACAGCUCCUGCUUUAUAUGUGGUCUCUAUCCCCUUCGACAUGGUCUCCUUGUGCAGUUGUGCUCUGCUCCUGCAACACCUCCUGACCACUUGUAAAAGGGCUGGACAUUUGCAAUUUCACCAUGAGUCUUAAACAAAUCUGUGUAGUCUGUACUUGUAAAAAGCAAAAUAACAGCCUCUGAUUUAAAUUUGGUCUCUUUCCCCUUUGACAUGGUCUCCUUGUGCAGUUGUGCUCUGCUCCCACUGUUCCUGCAACACCUCCUGACCACUUGUAGAUACGCAUCUGCAAUUUCGCCAUUGAUCUUAAACAAAUUCUGUCAACUCAUCCAAACUAUCAUGUCGAGGAUCAUCACUGAUGACGAGAGGUGGAUUUGCGGCUACCACAUGCAGACCAAACAGCCAUUUCCACAGUGAAACGCCCACAAUCUCCAUGACUGGUUGAUAACACAACCAGCAGUAGGCUUGUUGUUUCUUCCAAAUUGACGGGUUGUGUUGCGUUAAUUCAUCCUCCAUAGUCAGACUGUCAGAGUUAAAUUCUCCUGUAAUGUUUUCAGGAGUCUAAAGGUGAAAAUAUGGCAAAAAUGACCUGGAUUGUGGCAUGUCAGCACAAGUUUUUUUUUUAGCCACACCAACAAAAUCGCAGCUCCCCGCUCAACCUAAUUUGACUCUUCAAAUAACAUAAAACCAUUUAGUCAGAAUUUUGACACAGUUUAGGCGGAUGGUGCUUGACACAUUUAUAGAACAGAGCUUCCAGGUAGCUUUACAGGUGUUGCAGGAGCACUGGAAGCAGAGUAUCACUGCACUAAGAAACUACUUUGAAGGGGCCAAAUUUUUGCUUUGUAUCUGACUUCACUGUGGAUUUAGCUUCUUCCCAUGUGAUCAGAAUUAAUUUUCAUUUUAGUUGCUGCAAACUGUCUAGAAUCACAAUCAAGAAUCUCAGUGACUUAAUUCUGUCAACAUAAAUGUGAUGUGAUGGAGUUUAUCUGAUCUGUCGACUUCCUGUGCAGUUUGAAUCACAUUAACUCCCACUGAACGUGACCAGGAGUUUAUAAAACCACUGAACUCGUUUGUUUUGUGUCUUUAGUUUGUGUUUCCCUGUUGAUCGGGUGAAACCAGCAGAACCACUGAGUGCCUGCAGUUUUUCUCUCAUAUGAUCCUGAAGCGCCGUUAAACUGUGAGCGCUCGUGAUGGUGACCAGAGAAACGCCGCUUCCUCUUUGUUUUUUCUUUUUGUUUCGGCUCCAUUAUAAACUACAGGUGGAAAUGUUGUGUGGUACAGACUGUUCUGCUUUUACCGGCCACACGAGGAAACAAAAAGGGGGAGAUUCUGCAGCUGUAAAGCUCUUCGCUGCCCCCUAGUGGGGAAACGUCAGCUUUUACCAUCAGCCCUUUGGUGUUUACUCAAAGUGUUUACUUUGAGUUUAUUUACUGAUGAACAAACACCAAAGAAGUAGAAAAAAAAGGAUUUUCUGCUCCAAACAGAAGAAAAAUGGCGACCAGCUGGCUGGUUUUGGCCUAUUUUAUAAGCAACUUUUCAGUUGUUCCCACCUUUUAUCCAAUAUAGUCUUAAAAUCUUUUUUUUCUGUUUGUUUAAAGGUUAAUAAAGCUAGAAAUAUGAUAAAUAUUGGCUUGUAUUGUCACAAAACUCUUGAAACUAAGUGAUAAUUGGAAAGUCUGAUGGAUUAAUGGAUGCCAGAUGGAUUUUUCUGGUAAUUAAAUCAAGUUUUUGUUGAUCACUUAAACCGUAAUCUUCCUUCUAAAGGUUCUUUCUGCAGCACCACAAACUUUUCUUAGACGCUUUGCAAGUUUUUCAACAUGUUCAUCUACAGAAACCACAUUUAAAACUUCUAUAUACAACAAAAUACAGUAAAAUUUACCUGCCACUGGUAGACUUAAUCGACAUUGUGUGAACUAAACUGGCUUGAAUGUAACAGAAGUUCAUCUAUAUGUAGAAUUUCUCGCAUUUUGGCUUUUAAUUUUUCAUUUAAUGACAGAAAAUUUACAAUUUUCUUGCAAAAACGUCAAAACUGACAAGUUUUGGACUUUUGGUCAAACAAAAACAAGCAAUUUAAAGAAAUUGAACACCUUAAGAGACUAAAUUUACAGAAAAAAAAAUCACCAAAUCCUCACAUUUUCCAAUUUGAAACCAACAAAUGAUUCACAUUUAUGUUUAAAAAACACCUGAUUAACCCAUUCAACCAAUUAAAACCAGUAAAGUCGCUAAUAAACCAUAAAAAUCUGAUUUUAAGACUCUUUGUUGAUAAGUUUAUUUUUACAGUAAAGCUGCAGUUUUCCCCCUCGUCGUUUUUUUUUUUUUUUUUUUUUUUUUUUAAACCACACUACAAAUGAAGCCACUUGUGUUUCUAUUAAUCAGACGGUUAAUUAUUCUCAUCAUUAUUGGGGAUGAACCACUGAAAAGUUUCUUCUGAGUUUGGGUUUACGUCACCGCAGCCUUUUGUAUUCUCCUGAAGCAUUUAUUUAUAUGUUUUUUGUUUCUUUUUAUUUUUAAUCUUUUUGUCCAGAGGUGAGUUAUAAGCUACGCACACGACUCCCAGAGCUUCUCUUUUUGUUCUUCUGUUUUAGUGUUUCUAACAGAUUUAUUCUAUUUUAACAAAGCUAGUAUAACCUGAAGUUACAGGAAGUCCAAACGUUUCUCCAGACACUGUUUAGUUAAACCCACAGCUCCGUGUUCGUUGGUGUAAAUCUGCAGAAAUGACUUCUAAACAAUAAAAAAGCUAAUCUGA